AGACUGUGUGAGGCGUGUAUGGGUUUACACUGAGGUUGUAUAAAUAUAAAGAGCAGAGAUGGAAAAGCCUGAAAUUGAUGUGGUUAAUGCGAAUCUCCUCACUUUAUACAGCAACAUGGAAACAAAAGAAAAAGUUAAUUUUUAUGACUCUUGGGCUCAGGACUACGAGCAGCACAUGAAUGUGAUGGAAUAUCAGGCUCCCAGGUUCAGUGUGGAGACUCUGGACGCUGUCUAUGUUGGAGAUCGGGACAGUGCUCUGGUCCUGGAUGUGCCUUGUGGAACAGGGCUAGUGGCUGAAACUUUGCAGAAGCUGGGAUUUAAACAUUUCCACGGGAUAGAAGGCAGCAAACAAAUGUUGAAAAUAGCUGAAUCGAAAGGUCUGUAUCAGAGACUGACACAUCACAUGGUAACUGCAGAUCACCCACUGCCUGCACAAACAGAUUCCUAUGAUUUAGUGAUGAUUGUCGGUGGACUGGCUCAACAACAUCUGCCCUGGGAAAUCCUUCCAGAAAUGCUGAGGGUUACCAAAUCAGACGGUUUUAUCUGCUUCACACUGAGAGCUGAGGAGAGUGAUCACAGACGUAACCUGCUCACUUCAAUCCAAGAACUGGUGAACAAGGGGAUAUGGGAGAAGGUCGUUGAACGCUAUGUGGAGAAGUGGCAGAGGGACAUGCUUCCGACUGGGCUGGCAGAAGAGUAUGCUGAUGGCAUUGUGACUGUCUACAGGAAGAAAUAAUGAUUAAAGCUGAUAAUCAUCAAUUCCUGGAUAUUCUGGUAGCACCACAUUUUAAAAUCUUAA